AUGGUGGAAAAGAGAGACCAGGAGAGGAUAGAGGAGAGAGAGCGGAGGCAGGGAAAGGAGUUUGGGGGAGAAGAGAGGAAGAGGAGGGAGAAGUACUCUGAAAGUGAAGGUCUUCUCCUGAUAGAUGACCAGGGUAUUCCAUACACACUCAACCCCGAGGGGUCCCCAGCCUCCUCUCCCUCCUCUGGGCCACGAAGGGUACUCUACUGCGCUCUCUGCCCCAGGAUCUUCUACUACCUGUCUGACCUGGAGCGUCACUCCAUCACCCACUCUCAGAACAAACCCCAUGUCUGCCUGCAGUGUGGCAAGGCCUUCAAACGCUCCAGCCAUUUGCAGAGACACAAGCACAUUCACACGGGCGAGAGGAACUUUGUGUGCCCCAUCUGCUCCAAGCGUUUCAGGGAGGCGGGCGAGCUGCAGCGCCAUCAGAGGGUACACACAGGAGAGAAGCCCUACCAGUGCCCGCUGUGCCACACACGCUUCGCCGAGCGCAACACCCUGCGUCGACACACCAGACGCAAACACCCUUACCACCAGGCAGCUAUGGCGAUGCUGUCCGAGAGAGGAGCAGGGGGAGGAGGAAGAGAAGGAGGGGAUGAAGAUGAGGGCACAGAAGAGUGGUAUAGUUCCACUGUGUCCAACUUGGACAACUCUGACUCUGAACCAGAUUCUGAGGUCAUUUCCUGA